GAAUACACACGAAUCCGCGACUGAGUUCAUGAUAAUAAGAUGGAAAAAGUUGCACGUGUGCUCAAAUAACAGGUGUCGAACGAGGUCAGAGGAUCAUUUUUGAUGACAUCCAAUCCACUGUCUCCGUAAUUGUGUCACAUUCACACACACUCCACAAGUGUCGUUAUCUAAUCUCAUGUGUUAUCUUACGAAAAUACACUACAGGUGUUUGUGUGUGUUUAAUGUGAAUUUGUAUUCAAAACAUCCGCAUACAAGCCCAAAAUAUAGAUAAGACAACUGAUAAAACGGCUGUCGUCGUCGAAGAACGGCAUUUCAUAAAUGACUCACAUUUGAAUCUCGCAGUUUAAUUUCAAACCUUGGUGGAAUCCAUUGUUAUCGCAGCAGCGUGAUUCUAAUAAAAAAAAUUUUAAUUCGAAUGUUUAAAGAAAAGGGGAGAAAACAAUGGCAAACGAGGACGUAUUUGACGGUGUGCCACAACAAUUGUUCGGUUAUUAUCAGUUAAAAACAAAAACACAAAUUGUGCUUCACUAUCUCCUGCCAGCCAUUUUCGAAUUAUUCAUUUACAUUAUAUUAACGGUGGCAGAUGUUACUUUAAUUGUACAGCAUUUUCGUGACACUCAUGCGACUUGGGCAUCACUUACGCUAACGUUUGUCGUGCUGCCUGCCGUCUUGUGUUUCGUAACGAUUAUUGGCUCACCAUCGCAAUGGCCUGCAAAGUGUAAGCGAGAAGAAAAACAACAAUAUAAUAACAAUAAGCGAUCAACGGAAGACAUUAAUGCAGAAGCAGUAACGAUAAGGCAGCAAGAACGUCGUGCGAGAAAAACCACAGGCACGAAAUGUGCAAAUUGCAAGUUUUUUCUACGACAUCUGUUCAAUUUAAUCAUAUUUCCGAUCGGCUCGAUUUAUAGAUAUUCGAGGAAAAUAUUUUGGAGUGUCGAAGCGCUAUUUCACGAUGAAAACAACAACAACAGAUAUCGUGCUGUGCAAAAAGCGAGUGAAACAUCAUCAUUUGAAUUGUAUCAUUUUUUGCAAGCGUACACACAAGCGGCACCACAAAUCAUUCUUCAGCUGUACAUUGUAAUGCACGAAAGUGUAUUUCGUAAUUACGAGACAACGAUACCACAAACGCUCAGCAUUAUUUUUUCCUUUAUCAAAAUGGGGGUAACCGCUGUGACGUAUCACCGUUUCGAGAGUCAACACAUUGUUGGGCGACACUAUCCUUGGAUGGACGAAGAGGUGUGUAGGGCGAAAACGGCCCAUUUACGAAAAUCUACAAAUUAUCCGUCUCAACAACGAUCCCGAGCGGACUCCGUUUGGACACCAAUUGUUGAUUUGAGUGAAAAUGACGAAAAUAGAAGACAUUCGAAUGAAAUGUUGCUGAAAAAUAUCAAUUUUACGGAUGACGAUAAAAUAGAAGUCCAAAGAACGAAACAAAUUGAUUUGGACAAACCUUCUACAAGUAAGCAAUUCGAUGAAAUUGAUUCAGUGGAGAUUCGAAAGAAAGUUGCUAUUAAAACAAAUAUGCCAGAUGAUGAAAUUGUCAGUCACAUCCAAGAAAUGAAGGAUUAUUUGAGAGAACAGGAUGAUUAUGACUCGGAGAAUUCUGUUGAAGUGACAAAUUUUGAUCGGACACCGAGUUUACCGCCUCCCCCGAGACCGACAAGUCUCUACUUGCCGCCAUUCAUGAAACUCGGAACACUCAAAGACAUGCUUUGGUUCGAUGCGCAACAUUUAAUUAAAACGCAUGUGCCACAUUUGCCCCCCGGACUCUUCGAUGACACCACAAAUGACGAUGAUGUUGAUGAUAAGAAAAGACGACAUGCGACAAGCGAUGACACAACCGAUUUCCUUCAACUGCCAACACGUAAACGUACCAUCAAUGGGCUCGAGCAAGAUGACAUUUUUGGCAAAUACAUUUGUUUCCUCGCCUGGUUCUUGUUUCUCGUGAUGCGAAUGCUGGCACUUGCAACAUUUUCCGUCUUCCACUUACGUGAGACAAUUUUCCUGUGUCUCAGUCACUAUCUGGUGAUGCUGCUGUGCCUGUAUGCCGAGACUCGAUCACAUUCGAAAGUGAAGCGAAAAAUUUUCUAUGCAUUUCUCGCAUACAUUUACAUUUUCUGUCUGAUUGAAUUCAAAAUUAAAUUUGUGCACAUCAAGACGUGGUAUGUGGGAUACUUUCUGCUCGUGCUCACACAAAAUUUGAGCAUUACGAUGAUUUGGUAUUUGACGACGACAGAGGAUCUGCUUCUUUCGUGGUGGUUUCAAUUUAUGUGGUACCUUAUCAUUUGCAGUGCUCUACUGAGUAUCGCAUGUCACAUUUUCUAUUACGUUACCUUAAAGCCAAAAGACAAAAUUCUGUUUGUUAACGAUGACGAGCAAAAAUAACAUUUUUUUAAACGAAAAAAAAAAACAGAAAAAAAUAAACAAUUUAUAA